GAGGAAGAAACAAACUCAAUCUUCACACAAAGAUUUCAAAGAAAAAAAAAACUUUUUUGUUGUUGUUGCUUAAUCACUGUCUUCAGAAUCGUGUUCGUUGGCUUAAAUCUCUCUUGAAACAGUUGCAGAAAUUCAAAAAACGCAGAGUUUUGUUGCUGAAAAAUUAAUUUAUCGGGCUUUCGACAAUUGCUUAGUUUGAUUCUGGGAUUUUUCUUUUUCUUUUUCAUUUCCGCUUUCUGGGUUUCACAUUAGCUUUUGUCUUUCCUCUUUUGAAAUCGGAGUUCUUAUGGUAUCUACUUGCGAAGUGUUCUGUCUGAGCGGGAGAUGGUGAGAAGCUCACUGCUUUGGUGUCUCCUUGUCUCUACUUGCCUCUUCACUUCUUCAUCAGCACAGGCACCAGGUUUCGUGAGCUUGGAUUGUGGAGGAGCCGAGCUUUUCACCGACGAGCUUGGACUCAAAUGGACACCCGAUGAUCAUCUCAUCUAUGGAGAAACCGCAAACAUAUCAGUUUCUAACGAGACACGGACUCAGUACACGACGACGCUACGGCAUUUCCCCGCCGAUUCCAGAAAAUAUUGUUACACCCUUAAUGUCACGAGCAGGAAUAGGUAUCUCGUAAGAGCUACCUUUCUGUACGGUAACUUCGACAACAACAAUGUCUAUCCAAAGUUCGAUAUCUCCCUCGGGCCGACCCAUUGGGCGACGAUUGUUAUCUCGGAUGCAAGCAUUGUAGAAGUGGAAGAGAUGAUAUUCCUUGCUCUGAGCCCUACCAUCAGCGUUUGUUUGUCUAACGCCACGACAGGACAGCCUUUCAUAUCCACACUCGAGCUCAGGCAGUUGAACGGUUCGAUGUAUUAUACCCAGUUCGAAGACCGGUUCUAUCUCAGUGUCUCAGCAAGAAUCAAUUUUGGCGCGGAUAGUGAAGCUCCCGUGAGGUACCCGGAUGACCCAUAUGAUCGGAUAUGGGAAUCCGAUUUGCUGAAGAAAGCGAAUUACUUAGUUGAUGUAGCCGAUGGGACAAUGAGAGUGUCGACGGCAAUGCCUGUUGAUACGGCUAGCAAUGACAGACCGCCUCAGAAGGUUAUGCAGACCGCGGUGGUUGGAACCAAUGGAUCUUUAACUUACCGGUUGAACCUCGACGGCUUCCCGGGUUUCGGGUGGGCGUUCACCUACUUUGCGGAGAUCGAAGAUUUGGCUGCAGAUGAGUCGAGAAAAUUCCGAUUAGUCCUUCCGGGUCAGCCCGAUUUGAGCAAAGCUAUUGUUAACAUCAAGGAAAAUGCUCAAGGACCUUAUCGAGUUUAUGAACCGGGCUAUCCAAACAUAAGCCUCCCAUUCGUUCUAUCCUUUAGAUUCGCCAAAACAGCGGAUUCUUCUAAGGGACCUAUUCUGAAUGCUUUGGAGGUUAGCAAAUACGUGCAAAAAAGCGACGGUUCAUUAGACGCAACGGUUAUUGCUGAUGUGGCAUCGCUCUAUCCCUCGGCUGAAUGGGCCGAAGAAGGCGGCGAUCCUUGUUUACCUUCACCGUGGUCGUGGCUUGAGUGCAACACGGAUACACAACCUCGGAUUGUUACGGUUAAGUUGUCGAGGAUGAACUUGACGGGAAAUAUCCCGUCCGACCUCGGGAAAUUGACCGGUUUGGUUGAGUUAUGGCUCGACGGGAACUCGUUUACGGGACCCAUACCAGAUUUUUCUCGGUGCCCAAACCUACAGAUAAUUCACCUCGAAAGCAAUCAGUUGGCCGGAGGGCUCCCUUCUUCUUUGGCGAAGCUCCCGAAUCUAAGGGAACUAUACGUGCAAGAUAAUCUGUUAUCAGGAACGAUACCAUCCGGUCUUCUGAGUAAAGAUUUGAACUUCAACUACUCGGGAAAUAUUAAUCUUCGGGGAAGCGGAGAUAAACGGAAGCAGCUCGGUGUCAUCAUCGGGUCAUCGGUUGGUGCUACUGUUCUACUAAUAGCUACUAUUGUUUCUUGCAUCUUCAUGUGCAAAGGGAAGAAGGAGAUGAAGAAGAAGAAAGCCUCGGCAGAGUUAAUCAACCACCCGUUGCCUAUUCAACGAGUGGCGUCUAGCUUGAGCGACGCUCAUGGAGAAGCUGCGCAUUGCUUCACACUCUCUGAGAUUGAAGAAGCCACGAAAAAGUUCGAGAAGAGGAUCGGCUCUGGCGGUUUUGGGAUCGUGUACUACGGGAAAAUGAAAGACGGGAAAGAAAUCGCGGUUAAAGUUCUCGCCAGCAAUUCUUACCAGGGAAAACGAGAAUUCACAAAUGAGGUGACAUUACUCUCGAGGAUACAUCAUCGGAAUCUUGUUCAGUUUCUCGGCUAUUGCCAAGAAGACGGAAGAAAUAUGCUCGUUUACGAGUAUAUGCACAACGGAACUUUGAAGGAACAUCUUUACGGUGUCGUACCGCGUGACCGGAGGAUCGGUUGGAUUAAACGACUCGAGAUCGCAGAAGAUGCAGCCCGAGGGAUCGAGUAUCUCCACACGGGCUGCGUUCCUGCCAUCAUACAUCGUGAUCUCAAAACGAGCAAUAUCCUUCUCGAUAAACACAUGAGGGCAAAGGUCUCGGAUUUCGGCCUCUCGAAACUCGCCGUCGACGGGACCUCACACGUCUCGAGCAUUGUUCGGGGAACCGUCGGAUAUCUCGACCCCGAGUACUAUAUAUCGCAACAGUUAACAGAGAAGAGCGAUGUGUAUAGCUUCGGGGUCAUUCUCCUCGAGCUGAUGUCGGGACAAGAGGCAAUAUCGAACGAAAGCUUCGGAGUAAACUGCAGGAACAUCGUCCAAUGGGCGAAGAUGCAUAUAGACAACGGCGACAUUCGGGGAAUCAUCGAUCCGGCCUUAGCGGAGGACGAGUAUAGCCUCCAAUCGAUGUGGAAGAUUGCAGAAAAGGCAUUGCUGUGCGUGAAGCCGCACGGGAGUAUGAGGCCGUCGAUGUCGGAAGUGCUGAAGGACAUACAAGACGCGAUAAGGAUCGAGAAGGAGACGUCGGAAACGAGAGGAGGAGUCUCGGACGAGUUUUCGAGAAGCUCGGCUCAGUCGUCGUCUAUGAACAUGAUGGGGAUGAUGGAUCUUGCAGGAACCGAGAACUUUGUCUCCAUUGAUGAUUCUGUCUUGCAUCCGACACCUCGUUAGUUCUCUGAAAAAAACCCUAACAAUGGCUUCAAAGCUUUCUGUUCUGUUCCUCGGUUUGCAUUUGUUUUGUACAGAAGCAAAGAGUACUUGUCCACGGAUUCUUGGUUUCUUUCUCUCUGUUUCCUCUGUUUUUUUUUUGUUUUUUUAACUCAAUGAUUAAUUUGUGACUGUGAGAUUAAAAUACUUUGUUUUUUUAUGUA